AUAUUUGCUUUUCUCUGCCGCAUUAACGAUCAGAAAACAGACUUUUCUAAGCGAUGUAGCGCCUCGGCUCUAUGGAAUACCUUUUUUAACCUGCAUUUUUUGGAAACUGCGCCCGCGUCUCUGAUCCAAAAUGGCCGACCUCAUCGCCGCGCACUACAACUACACCGGCAAGUUCCGCAAAACCCAGCAGGACUCGGGUCUGAAGGCGGACUCCGUGGUUUUUAUCAUCGUCUGCUGCUUCAUUUUCCUCGAGAAUCUUUUGGUUUUAAUCACGAUUUGGCGAACGAAGAAAUUCCACAAACCCAUGUACUACUUCAUCGGGAACUUAGCGCUGUCCGAUCUGCUCGCCGGCGUCGUUUACACCGCCAACAUCCUGCUAUCGGGCGCGAACACGUACAAGCUAACGCCGACGCAGUGGUUUUUCCGCGAGGGGAGUAUGUUCGUAGCGUUAGCCGCGUCGGUUUUUAGCCUGUUAGCGAUCGCGAUUGAACGGCACCUGACCAUGCUAAAGAUGAAGCUCCACAACAACGGAAACACGUUCAGGGUGUUCUUGUUGAUUAGCACGGUGUGGAUGAUAGCCGCUAUGCUAGGCGGGUUGCCGAUCAUGGGGUGGAAUUGCAUCGAGAGCAUGGAAAACUGCUCUACCGUUCUCCCGCUGUACCACAAAACCUACAUCUUAUUUUGUACGACGGUUUUUAGCAUCAUCCUCAUGGCGAUCGUCGUGCUUUACGCUAGGAUUUACGCCCUGGUCCGCACGCGAAGCCGGAAACUCGUCUUCCGGAAAGUUACGAACGGCGCCCGAGGUAGCACCGGCGCCAACAGCAAGAGCUCGGAGAAGUCCAUGGCUCUUCUGAAAACCGUCAUCAUCGUUUUGAGCGGCUUCAUCGCGUGCUGGGCGCCGCUCUUCAUCCUGCUCCUCCUCGACGUAGCGUGCGAAACGAAAACGUGUCCCAUCCUGUACAAAGCCGAGUGGUUCCUAGCGUUAGCCGUGCUGAACUCGGCCAUGAACCCGCUGAUCUACACGCUGACGAGUAACGAGAUGCGCCGCGCGUUCCUGAAGACGCUCCUCUGCUGCACAGCCUGGAUCCGACCCAAGUUCCAGUCCGGACCCAUCGCGGAGUUCAGCCGGAGCAAGUCGGAUAACUCCUCCCAUCCCAACAAGGAGGAAGGAGAAUACUCGCCGAAGGAAACCGCGUCCGCUAACAUCACGUCCUCGUCCUAAACGCCAAACGCUCAGGAUUUUCAACUAACUUUUGGAAAACUAAGCAAAG